AUGUCCUCCACCGCGGAGGCUGCCGCGGCUGCCAGGGUUGUCUCUGGAGAUGCCGCCCAGAGCGCGACCGCGCUCUUCGACACUCACCUCAGGCUUCUUAACGAGUCCUACCUUGCAUUCUUCAUCGAAAGGAAACGAAUAGAGGAGCAAUAUAUUGCAUCUCUAAUGAAACUCCACCUCAAGUCCAAAUCCCUCGACGCCUUUAUGGAUGAUCGCGUGGAGCAUAGCACGACACGAGCAGCGUGGAUUGAAAUCGUAGAUAACGUCGAGAGAGAGGCCGGCGCCCACCGAGCGUUGGCGGACAGCGUGUAUGUGGACGUUAUCGAGCCCCUGAACAACUUCAAGGAGGAGCAGGAGCGGAUCCGGAAGCGGAUUCGCGAAGACGUCAAAGACGCGAUUACGGCCCAUAGCGAUUAUGCAGAGAAUACCCUUCCUCGUCUGAAGCGCAACUACAUCAAGAAAUGUCAGGAAGCCGAGGAGUAUAGGUCCGCAGCGGUAGUUUCCCCCACCUCUCCACAAGAUCCGAACGUACUGCCGCCGCUAUCGAAAGCGCCUCCACCUCAGAAUCCGAAUGGCAUCCGGCCUGUCGUUACUGGCCCACAGCCCCUUCGUCCACUCGAGCGUCGCGCGUCGCAGAACGUACAUCGGAACCGGUCGCCGUCGGCCUCGACGUCGACUGCCCUCCACGACCUCGCGCACCAGGGCAAGAGGCAGCUGAACCAGCUGAUGACUUUCUUGGAUAAAGGCGGGAACGUCAGAGAUGGAGGGCGUUCCGAUAACGCGCUCCGUCUCGUGCGCGCGAAGCGCGAGGCCGAGGAGGCUGACAAGGAGUACAGGAAGGGCGUUCAUUGGCUGGAGACGCUCCGAAUUAGGCGGGUGAAGAUCCUUGAAUCCGGAUUCAAGUCUCUGGAGUCGUUUGUGCGCGAAUCAUCCGAGACGAUGAGGAAGGUUUUGGAGGUGUACACAGAUAGCUUGACUGCCGCAGCAGCGAUUCAAGGGCAAUUAUGUGAACACGGCCGACAGAUGGUUGAGCAAAUCGUGCCUCAGCAAGACAGUGCUGCGAUAGCGGCCAGCAUCCGUGGGAUGCUGUCCCUGUUGACACCCAAACCCACUUAUUACUACAACUUCAACGUCGGCGAAUGCAAGGACCUCAUCUUUGGUGUCACCCUCGUCGAUUACGCCACUGCCCGGGGUCUCCCAGAAGGCGAUAUUCCGAAGAUUGUGCGUAUAUGCAUAGAGGAUAUCGAUCGACGGGGCCUGGAGGCCGAGGGUAUCUACCGGGUGUCUGGAAGGCACGCGGCUGUGCAGGAGCUGCAGCACAAGAUUGAGCGUAAUGAGGCCGCGUUUGCAUUCAAUCCUACAACAGACGACGUGUACUCUGUAGCGUCGUUCUUGAAGAUGUAUCUCCGUGAAUUGCCCGAGCCCGUGUUCAAGUUCCCGCUUCAGGAUCGGAUACAGCACACCGAGGGUAUUGACGAACAUGCCGCGAACAACUUCUCGCUGCUUAGAUCGAAGAUUCGGCGACUACCUGCAAUUCAUCAAGCCACACUCCGCGCACUUGUCGAACAUCUCGCCCGGGUCGCUGCCAAUUCUGACAAGAACAAAAUGGACCCCAAGAAUCUCGCAAUCGUGUUCGGCUCCGUGAUCUUCGGGGAAGAUGAAAUGCCCAAGGGUGGAGACAUCCUUGGAAUGCAAUCUUGGAAGGAUACCUUGAUGGAGGACCUGAUUGUGAAUGCACACAUCUUGUUCCAGCAGAGUGGCAGCAGUUCUCCGCCGCUACCCUCUGCACCCCUGAACGAGCCUGCAGCGCCCGUCGCGUAUGGCUCACAGCAUACCAAGGUACUCUCUAGCAUGCCACCUCCACCUGUGCCGGCAUCGCCCCGUAAGGGUCAUAAGAAGUCUGCCUCGACGUCCACUGUCCGUUCGUCUCUCGAUGUGCCUCGGCCUCACGUACCGCAGGACUUCACUCCCCAGCUCCCUCCACGGCCAGCGAACAGCAUCCAUCCGUCGCUACGUGCCGGGCCACAUGCUGGCUCGCCCGCGAGGCAGAUACCCUCCGCUCGCGCAGGGCAGUUCUUUGAUGACGACAUGCUGAUCACACCACAGACCUCGAUAUCCUCGCGCGAGCACGGGAGCUCGACGUCGCUUCCACCACAGCUGCCCCCGCGCCCUGAGGAGCUCUCACCAUUUUUCGGACCUACAGGAUCGUCGUGGACGCUUGCCGCGUCGGCCGAAACGGACGCAAGCACGAACGUCGAUCCCGUCCGAGAGCCGUCUUCCAAACGGUCUUCGCGCCAGAUUCCUUCGGGUGAGGCACCGCGCCCAACACCAUCCCCGAUCCCAGUGCCCCAAGUUCAACUGUCUGAUGAUCCGCCGGCGGACGUGUUCUCGCCUCCUCCUCCUUCGUCCCUCCGUUCUGCAUCACACGAGAGCGGCAUCGAAAUGUCCUCUACCGCUGCCGCUGCAGCGUUCGCGUCCGCGACACCCUCGCCGACGUCCUCGUCGCACUCGUCCGCGCAUUCGAGCCCCUCGAAGCGGUCUGCAGGACACAGUCGGAAGGGAUCGGCCUAGACAGUGUUCCCAGACAUGGACCUUCUCAUCUCUUGGCUUCAAUCUUGAACUAACGAACCGUAGACGAUAUGUCACGAGUCACGAAAUGUAAAUGACCACAUUGGAAACUCCGUAAUACGUUCUAUCAGGCGUGUACCUAUCGUGAUUGUUGCAUUGACAGUUGUAGUACAUUCCAUGCGCUCCUCCCCUUUUUCUCUUCGUUGACAUUGGUUUCCGCCUGGUCUUUGUGGGCGGAUGGAUUCUUGUGUAGUCACACUGUAUGUCUGCCGUACAUGAUACCAUGUAAUGCGUUGUGGUACUCAUUCUAGCGUAUGUGUUGUAAGAAUCUAUUACAUACAUACCUUACUCCAUAGACCGUGUGGUAUCAUAUUAUUGUGCAAC